UUAAUUUCAUACAAAUUGAAGCUUUUGAUUGGAUUAGCCAGUCACAUGACAGUGUUUUAUAUUGUAUAAAGAAUGUUGCCUAUGGGGCCACGCCCCCUUGACAACAAUGAGCCGGAACUACUUUUAUCAUUACUUCCUGUUUACAUUAGAGAUCAUAUAAUACACAUUAUAUACAAUCUUAAACCUUGAAAAAUAAAUAUCAUUAAAAAAAAUUGUUUGUAUUGUUCAUUUAAACAAUUAAGACAAGGUUUAUACCAAAUAUAUUAUUGAGACAAAAUUCAGAUGGAACUAUAGUUGUUUGGUUUGUUGUCGUCUGCUUAUAAACAACAUGGCAGAUUUUGAGAUGCUGGGUGUAGGGGAGACUAUAGAGAUUAUAGAUAUUGAUUGGGACACACUGCACCAAUUACUGGAUGGUGAAUUUGAUGUCUCAACAUCAACAAAUGAAGCAGAGGAGGAGCUUGAGAGGGUUUUAAGCCCUAUAAAAACAGAAGAAACAAUGUUGCAAGAGCCAUCCUAUAGCAAGAGAUUUAAAUCUGUCAGUGAUGCAGAAAUUCAGGAUCUUAAAGAAAGAAGACAGUCAAAAGCCACAAAAUCUAACACUAAGUGGGGAUUAAAUUUGUUUCAAGAAUGGAGUGUUGAGGCUCUUGGGCAGCCAACCAACUUUCAUUCAGUUUCUGCACCUGAGCUCAAUAGCCAUCUUGAAAAGUUCUAUGCAGAGGCUGCACCAAGGCCAAAUGAAAAAAGAUCUCAAUCUAUGACCAAACAACCAGCGUCCGAAUAUCAUAACAAUACAUUCAAAAGCAUAAGAUCAGCAUUAAACCGUCACAUUCAUGAUAUUGGACGACAAUUUGAUAUCGUACGUGACCGAGAAUUUAGAGAAAGUAACAAUGUUUUAGAUGGAAAACUAAAGAAAAACCUACAAGAUGGCCUCUCACGACCAAUCAAACACAAAGAAAUCAUUCCUAAACAGGACCUAGACAAAAUUUCUGCCUAUGUUUUCGGGGAACCAACACCAAUCUCUUUAAGAUUCCGAAUCUGGUUACUUAUUGCAAUUCAAUUUAUUAGCAGGGGGUUAGAAUUUCAUGAACAACUAAAAACUGAUUCAUUUGAAUUUCAUGUUGAUGAAAAUAAACAGGAAUAUGUUGCUUUGACACAUGAAACGAAACAGAAAAAUUGGCAAGGAGGAAUUGAUGCAAAUGAAAACCCAAAAGAGAAAAGAAUGUAUGAGGUACCUUCUGCUGGGGCAAAAUGUCCAGUCGCCUCUUUGAAACUCUACCUCUCGAAGUUGGACCCUAAGGCAACAUUUUUAUUUAACAGAUGUUCAAAGGAAGCGCUUAAAUCUCCAACAACUGAGGAAAUUUGGUACACAGAUGUUCCGAUAAAAAAAUACCAAUUCACUCGGUUCAUGGCCGACAUUUGUAAAAAUGCAAAAUGCAGUAAAACUUACACUGCACAUAGCCUACGUGCAACCUCAAUCCAAGGAAUGAACGACGCAGGUUUUGAGGUUCGACACAUUAUGCAUAUGAGUGGCCAUAAAAAUGAAUCUUCUGUGAGAAGCUAUAGUAGAGAUUGUUCUACUUACCAAAAGGCUUCCAUGAGUAAAGCUUUAUCAAAUUUGGUAGUUCCUCAAAACGAAACAAGCGACCCAAUUUCAGCCAUCCACGCCGUUAGUAAACCUCCCAAUGGCAAUGAAUGUGAAUUCUCAGUUACAGCUCCAACGACAUCUGCAGAGAUCCCAAUUGCUUUUCAAUCAUAUACCUUCUCCUCGGGGUUUAUAGCGAAUUCUGCCUUUCACCAGUGUGUGUUUAAUUUCACUUCUAAGUAGAUUAAUCCAACACAUCUCGUUCUGUGAUCGUUUACAUUCCAAACAAACAUGGCCGUCUUUCUCCGCUUCGAAAUUUAGGUCAAUCCGUUACUAUAGAAUGACGUAUUCUUGCGCGGUUAAUUUUAAAUUUAAUGUUGUAACAUACGAAAUAAACAUAAAACUUUGAA